UUGUUUUUUGUGAUUUCUUUUAGAAUAAAAUUAUCUGUGAUGGAUAAAGAUGUAUCUCAAGAUUAUCCAAGGCUUAAGAAUUCCGUGCAGCCCGUCAACAAGUCGCAUUCUCCUGGUCUCCCCCUAGUCUAUGCUAACACUUUCCUGAGCGCAUCAUUUGCGGAGCUUUUCACAUUUCCCCUGGACGUAACCAAGACGCGUUUGCAUUUGCAGGGCGAGGCGGCUGAGACGGCAGGCAAGGGACGUGCCUCACGUGGCAUGUUGGGGACCUUCCUUGGCAUGGCGCGUGAAGAGGGAUUGCGUGGAAUUUACGGCGGACUCUCUGCCAUGAUUAUCCGAAACUUGUUCUUCAAUGGACCUCGUGUUGUAUUUUACGAUUUCAUAAGGCAACAGCUCAUCUACGUUGACAAUCAGGGCAAGGAGGUGUUAACUGUAUUUCGUGGCUUCCUGUCGAGUUGCCUGGCGGGAUGUGCGGCCCAAGCCAUUGCCAAUCCUUUGGACAUAGUCAAAAUUCGAAUGCAAGUUGAGGGAAGACGACGUUCUCUUGGCUAUCCGGCGCGUGUCAGUAACGUAAAACAGGCAUUGGAGUAUAUCUAUGCAAAGGGCGGCGUUAAGGGCUUGUGGAAGGGCGUGGGUCCUAGCUGCCUUCGGGCCAUGCUACUGACAACCGGCGACGUAGCUUGCUACGACUUGAGCAAACGAAAUAUUAUGUCUGUAUUUAACCUCGAAGAUGGCCGCUUUGUUCAGUUCCUGGCCUCGAUAUCGUCCGGAUUAGCAGCCGGGGUUUUGAGUACGCCCACCGAUGUGGUCAAGUCGCGUAUCAUGAAUCAGCCGGUCAACGAAAGUGGUCAAGGAAUGCACUACAAGAACGCUUUUGACUGCUAUUACAAGCUGAUUACGCAGGAAGGUAUCAUGGCAAUGUAUAAGGGAUUUCUACCCUGCUGGUUGCGUGUUGGUCCUUAUAAUAUAUUUUUCUGGAUUGCUUUUGAACAACUGCUCAGAAUGCAGGGCCAAAGUGGCUUUUAAGCUACGAUACCCUCCAUUUGUUAUGUAUAUGUGCAUAUGUAUGUAUGUAUCAGGAGUAGAGCUGAAUUUGAUAAGAAGAAUAUCACAGAUAGAAAUGGACAGAAAAUAAUAUAUAAAAUGCGAUUAAUGUACUCGGAUCUGUCAUUUGCAUAUCGAUUAAAAAUAAAUAAUAUUGUCAUCUCUCUGUACGUCGCCCAGCCCUAUAUUAAACUUUAAAUCGAAUUCAAAACGAUGCAAAGCCAGGCAAUGGCAUCACCUAUUUUUAUUGACGCUUCAAAAUCGUAUAAAAUUACAUGUGCUUUAUACAAAUUUGCAUAAUUUAUUAAAUGAAUUAAUGUGUGUG